AUGACCGCUCAUAAGAAGUACGAAUGCGGCCGAGAGCCUAGAUUCCAGUGUGUGAUUUGCCUUAAAAAGUUCAAAGUCAAGAGACUUGACAAGUUUUUCUGUGAAAAAUGCAACAAAGGCUAUUGGAGGGUGGCGCACUUGAAACGUCACCAGAAGUACGAGUGUGGGAAGGAAAAGCAGUUCCGAUGUCACAUUUGCGCCAAACCGUUCCACAGAAGAGACGUCCUCAAAAGACACAUGGUCAUUCACAGUACAAAUAUUCUAACUUUCCAGCGGGUUUUCAAUUUAACUGAAAAAAGUAAACAUUUUACAGGACUUAACAAGUUUUUCUGCGAAAAAUGCAACAAAGGCUAUUGGAGGAUGGCACACUUGAAACGUCACCAGAAGUACGAAUGUGGCUCUGUCGAAAAACGCUUCACCUGCCCUAUUUGCAGUAAGGCGUUCAGAAGGAACGACAAUUUAAAACAGCAUAUGGUGAUCCAUUUGUGUGACAAAUUGACUCUGUAAGCAAGUGGGCUUCCCAAAUAUAAAUAAAUAAAUACCAAACACAAAGUACUAUAUUUUACAGCACAAUAAAUUAUUUUUUUGGAGCAAAACGUUUGUAAUUUUCUGCCCACACUUUUUUUACGCAAUGUUUCCAUCGAUAAUCUUUAAGCCGUACUACUUACUGAGUAAGUGUAAAUUUGAGGUUUACAUCUUACAAUAAUGACUUCAAAGUGGGAUUCCAGUUUUUAAAAAUCCACAAUUAGAUUCAUUGUCAAAAACCACGAUUAGGCUAUAAAAAGUUUGACUAAGUUUAAUUACAGGAAUACUUCACAUGUGCCACUGCGGAAGGAAGUACUCGAGGAAGGAUAAUUUUCACCGCCACCAAAAGUACGAGUGUGGGAAUGUCAUAAAACGCUUCAUCUGCCCUACUUGCAAUAAGGCAUUCAGGAGAAAUGACACUUUGAAACAGCACUCGGUGAUCCAUUUUUAUGACAAAUUGACACUUCAAGCAAGUAAUGUGGGAUUCACGAACAUAAAUAAAUAAAUGCCAAACACAAAAUACAAUAUUUUACAACAGAAGUUUUUAUUUUAUUUUAUUUUUAUUUUUUUUAAAGAAAUGUUUGUAAUAAUCUUGCGACCGCAUGUUUUUACACUGUUACCACUGAGAUUCUUUUAUGCCAUACCAGUUACUGCGUACAUUUGAGGUUCGUGUCUUAGAAAAAUAACGAUUUCAAAGUAGGGGGAUUCAUGUUUUUAAAAAUCCACAAUUUGGUUCAUUUUGAUAAAGGCCACCGUUGGGCAAAAAAUUUUUUUGACUAAGUUUAAUUGCAGGAAUACUUUACUUGUGCCACUGUGGAAGGAAGUACUCGAGAAAGGAUAAUUUUCAGCGCCACGAGAAAUAUGAGUGUGGGAACACGAGACGAUUUCUAUGCACUUUGUGCGAAUGGACUUUUAGCAGGAAAGACGUAUUAAAACGCCACUUCCUUGCUAGACAUCCAACCGACAAAUGGAAUUGUGGAAUUGAAUCUUCUAAUCAUUGAGAAAAAUCAUAAAAAAUAUUUUAUUUUUCUUAAUGGGCUUGUGAAUUUAUAUUAAAUUUUCUAUAAUAAUUAAAA